AUGAUAAUUUUGUUCCUAUUCUGUUUAAGUGUAUUUAUUAAUAUAAUAGCUAGCUGGUCAGAUGAACCACACAUGCUCAUAAGUUAUAUAGCAUAUAUAAAUUUGAACGAUGCUGAAAAAGAGAUACUGAAUAGAAUAUUUCAGAAUGGAAAUGACGCUAAUUUUGAUAAUCCAAUAACAGCUUCUAUAUGGGCUGAUAAAAUAAAACCUAAUAACCAUAAAAGAACGUUUUAUUCCUCUAAUUUUAGACGUAAUGAAUUGUUAGAUAUAUUUAAUGAAUGGCAUUAUGUACAUUUAAAUUAUAACCCUAUGAAAAUACAUAUAGCACCUUAUCAUUUACGAGCACAUAAAGGAAAGCAUAAUGCAAUGGGCAUAUUGAAACAUAUAUACAGAAUAUUAAUUGAUGUUCGUCAAAAAAUUGGUCAUGGAACAUAUUAUUCUUAUAAUUUUUAUUUAAGAUUUUUUAUUCAUAUAUUUUCUGAUUUACAUCAACCUUUACACGUUAUCAAUUUUUUUAAUUCUAAUUAUCCAAAUGGAGAUAGAGGUGGUACAGAUAUUUCUGUUAAUUAUAAGGGAUCAAUAAAUAAAUUGCAUUAUUUAUGUGAUAAUAUAUUUAAAACGAGAAAUAAGCAAUGGCCUAAUAUUAAUAUGACAAAUAUAGAAAGAAAUGCUAGAUAUCUUAUGAGCACCUAUCCACCAGAAUCUUUCGGUAACAAACUAUUUUUACCUCAUGAUAAAAUAAAAUAUAUUGAUGAUAUAGCACAUGAAUCUCAUGAUAUCGCAGUACAAAAUAUUUAUUCCUUUUUUCCUUUGACUGAUUUAAAAAGAAGUGAACAAUAUUCAAUUAAUCAACAUUUUGUUAUAAACACAAAAAAAUUAUUAAACAGUCAAAUGGUUUUAGCUGGAUAUAGAUUAUCUGCAUAUUUGAAGGACAUUAUAGCUAACAUACCUCCAGAUCUUUAA